UGAUUUUCCCGCCAUGGGGCCUCGUUCUCAUUUUGCAGCAGCCAUAUUGCAUAACGCCUCAGAAAAGGAUAUCAUCUUGCAGUGAUCUUCACAGUGAAGGAUAUCCUCUUGUUUCAAAUUGGCCCUCCUGGCACAGUGUUACCAAAAACCAAUCAGCCAGCGAUGAUUGCAACCUUUUUCAAAAGGGCCUGUCCAACCAGAUUGCCAAUCAAAAUAGAAACUUGAUUGAUUCCUCGUCAAAAAAGAAGAAAAAGCAAAGCAAUAUGAAAAGUUCUCAAUCUAGAUUUUGCUCAAACUGCAUUAUUGGCUUUAUUGUCAUCUGCUUUUGCCCAAUUUUUAUUGGAAUCAUAUGCUCUCUUUUGUUUGACGUAAAUGAAGGAGAGAACAAAAUUGAUUUUCAGAGUAUGUCCCAGGAAAUUGAAAAUAGCCUUCAGUACCAAUUGAUUGGACAACAUUUGGUAAUUGAUGCUAUUAAAGGUGAUUUCAAAUUGUCACUAAUUAAUAGCAGUGUCAAAAGUGCCAUUUUACUGCUAGUAGGACCAUCAGGCAGUGGCAAAAGCUUUACAAGAAAGAUCUUGGAAGGUGCUUUUCAUGAGCAUGGCUUCAAAAUUGUGCAAAGAUUUAAUGAUCCAUCUCCUGUGAAUCUAGGCUUGUGUGAGUCUUCUCCAUUCCUUGAAGAAAACAGCAACAUAUUAUUUGUCUUUGAGGAUGCAGACAGGGAACUCUUAGAAGUUAUGGAUGUUGCAUAUAGAGUUACAGCCUCUACACUUGUUUCUAAAUGUAAUAAAGUAAUCAUCAUCAUUGUUACCUCAGUAUACGGAGAUGAAACAAAAAGAUUCAUGUCUGAGAGAUGUUUAUUUGGAGAGCAAAGGCUUAGAAUUGAUUCUGGAAACUUACUUAGCCAUUUGUCUUUGACUGUAAAUGAGUUAGCCCUAACUGACAGACAAGAGAAAAACAGCAAAAUCAUACCUUUAUUAUAUUUGCCAUUAGAUAAGGAGCAUCUCAGAAUAUGUAUACAAAGACAGCUUUCAAAGCGCAACAUUGUAAAAGAGGAAUGGGAACAUAUAACUAGAAAAGUUCUAGCCCAAAUGGAUUUCUAUCCUGACUGUGAAAUGAUGUUUUCCGAAUCUGGAUGUAAAUUGGUGUCUUCAAGAAUUGAUUAUGUCCUUGGAAAUGAUAACUGACAUUGCACCUCUGCAAGUAGGUUUUUGCUCAUAUUUUAUGUUGAGAUAUGUCCAUUAACUUUGAAUUACAUUAAUUAUUUGUUCAGGAUUUGCAGGCUUUCUACAGAAUUUUGAAAACCUGGGAAGUAAAAACAUAUUUUUUUUAGAAAAGUUCUUUGGAAACCUAAAAAAGUUUGGGGAAACCCGAAAAAUCAGGGACGUUGUCUGAGUUAGCAAAAGUAAGUAAAAUUUGUCAAGAGUUUGUUUCACAACCUAAUUUGGGCACUUGGGAAAUCUGUUUCUUACUGCCUAGCUAUAAUGUAUUUGAUAAGCUUGCUACUGCACUUUUUGUAGGCAUUUCUUUUGCUUUUAUUGAUUGCGUAUGGAUGCAAAAAAAGUCCCUGUCCCCAGUUGUCUGCUUUUUUGAUACCUUCGUUGGCCAAUGAACUAUCUACAAUUUGUACCUCAAGCCAAAGAGAUGACUGGGAAGAGUCAUGUUGUUUAAAAUCAGAUAUUCUGCAUGAACCCUGUUUUUUGUUUUAUUAAGUAUGCUGCCAAUAGCCAUACUGCAUUCGUAUAAGAAGACAGUGUUUGCCUUUAUUUACUUACAGUGCUAAGAGGGCUCACUCUUUCACUAACUAAGACAGGUGCCCCAAUGCUAGGUUGACUCGGAAGUUUGUGGCCACCAACUUUUUGGCCACAGAAAGAUUCCUUUUCGUCACAAAGACAAUGUUUACCAAACUCUUCAAAACAGAAAUUAUCUGCAGUGCCUGGAUGUCAUAUUGGAAGUUUGAUUAUUCAAGAUAUGCAAAAUGAAAUAAAAUUAAAAACUUUAGGAUGAUCAAAAACUUUUGGAUAUUUACAUUCUGGAAAAUAUUUUUGAUAAUGCGUGUUGUAUUUCUAUGCAAUAUGAUAUAAUAAAAUAAACAUAUGAGGCAAAUAAAGUUCAGUCAAAAUGCAUUUCUUUUUGGUCUGUUUUCCACAAAGAGUUUCUUGUUGUUCCCAAUACGGUUUAGGUAGUAUUGCGCAAAGUUAAACCGAAUCAGCGCUUAAAUCCCUUUUUUAAAAGAACAUUGUUCCAUACAGUGUUAAAAAUAUAAGCAUUAUUUCUGUUUUUGAUUGCGUGAAAACAUCAACGAGAGGACUUUGUUCACCAGUUUCAUACCCAUCAUGUCAAGCUUUGGUUGAGACUGGUAUUAAAACUCUUAUAAAAAUAUAGCUUGGUAUCUAGAAUUUUACUAAUAUUUAAGAAGCCGAACGCCACUGUUCAUUUCAUUAGAUAGUUUAACGCUGCAGCCCAAAGUUUUUGGAAGGGAGAAAGGAUAAUGGCAUUAUGCCGAGAUACCCCUCCACUACGCUACUGUUGCCUCGUCAACCACAGGGCACACUUGGCUCUGUUCCCAGGGCCCCUGCAGCUAGAGGGGCCACAAAUAUUUUGACAGGAUUUAUGAUCAAAAUCCAUCAUCGUAUUUAGCAAUGUGGCAUAUUCAUAUUCCUCGAAUCCACGACCUCUGGUCAAACCUCCCCUGCUACGGAUAGAACUCCGCUCAUUGUGAUGCAAGAAUACUAUCAUACUUUAUCUCAGUCGCACGCUAAAUGAUUUUGCAUCGAUGGAAGUUACGAAUUGAAAUAAAAUAUUUAGCAAGAGAAUAAGCGAAUUUUUCGCACACUUUUCGAUAUUCGCUAGUCCUACUUUUUAUAUUGCCUAUUGAUUCUGUCUACGUAGGACGCACAACCCAAAGAUUGGGGGCAGGAUAAAACAACAUGUUCCUUCCAACAUAAUAAACAAAACUGCCCCGCAAAGAGAACAGCCUCCUUGAUCUUUUAGGUAUAGAAACACUGUUAAAACAAGUGAUUCUGCCAUCGGCCAACAUCUUUUAGACAACCCAGAUUGUGCAAAACUCUAUAUAAUGACGACAUGUUUUGGCAGAGCCGGGUCGUCUUUCCAUCUAGCAGUUUUGGGAUCGAUCUACAUACAAACGAAAAAGCCGUCAUUGUGUAGACAGAAGGAGUUCGUUUUCUCUCUUAGACUCCAGUGGGUAUUUUUCUAUAGGCACAAAGCACUGAUUGGUCAACUAUACCAGUCUUGUGCUUGCGUUUUUCUUAUUGGCCUAUGUCGAUCCACAACUGGGUAUAUAUUUUUCAUCGUGUUCUGUCGGACCCUUAUUCUAACGUUUUAUGCUCUGAGGAGUGUCAGACGAAAAACCUUUUAGCCAAUAUGUUCAGUGGUGCCUCCAGCCUUGGAAAAAUGGCGGGGGAAAGGUGUGUCAGGGACCACGCCCUUUUGUACCACGCUCUUUCCCCCUGAUUGAAACAUUUUCUUCCGAAGGAUUCAACUCUUGUCUCCCAAGAAAUCUAGAUAACGUACAUAUCCCCCCCCCAAAGUUUUCUCAUCAAGUUUAAAAGAAUCUCAAGGGUCGACUUUCUGACAAAGUGGGGGGGGGCUUCCCCCCAUGUGUUAGUUUUCUGUGUUGCUCUAAAUUUUUCAAUUUUUUGGGAUUUUCUUUUCUUUCAGAUCCAGUUAGUUUGAAUUGUCCAUCUAGAUGAAUACAUUUGUUAUUGACCUAGUAUAUUUCAAUAUAGCAGUUCUUCAGUUUCUGUUGACCUCCACCAACAUCUUAAGUCCUAACCUCUGUCAUGAUUAAUAAAAAAGAAUUCAUUAUUAGCAUUAAUCCAAAGGUUCACUUAUGACCAAAGAAUAUGAGCAGAAAAUCAACUUUUGGAAUAAUUUAAUUUAAUGUUAUAUAGUUCAUGUAACAAAUAUUUUGUUAUCAGUCAUGUGUCACAAUUUACAUCAGAAGUUAAUAGUUUCAGAAGAUAAUUUAACUAGGUCAGUUUUUGUGUACAUCCUUGCAAAAAAUAAGUUUCAUAUAUGAAAAGCUCUAAUUACGAAAAAUCAAUCCAUUAAAUGAUAAAGUAAAGAAGAUAAACUAUACUUCUUGUGCUUUGUUAUCUUAACAAUGCAAUAUUGCUACUUGAUUAUCUAAGUUACUUCACAGAAAACAUGUUAACAUCUACUGCCAGCACAGUAUAAAAAAUUAUGCAACCUCCCAAAAUGAAGUAAAUUACUCAGAAUUGAUGUACCAAGAAAUACUCACACACUGCUAAAAUUUCACCCCCAAAAAGUAUUCUCCUAAGGGCCACGGGAUUUCACAUGACUACAUUUAUGUAUGAAUGACAUAUGCCCCUCAUCAGAAAUAAAGAUAAUGUGAUUAUUAUUAGCAGUUCUUAUUUGCACUUCAUAACAAGAAAAUGAGAUCUUUUCACUUGGAAAUUUCCCACGAAAAUCACAAGAAGUGUCAGCAUGAAACUCAUCCCAGCAAAAGCAGUCUCAAAAGUGCAGCAAUUGCCAUAACGGUAGAUAAAAUGCCAAUUUGCAUGCCAGAGGCAGAGUCAGAAGGCCAGUUAUCAGGUGCCAUGUCAAUGGUUGGGUCAUACUUGACAGAUGAACUGAAUUUUGGAAACCGGAAAAUAAACAGUUGCUUGCUGUUCUUCUCUUCCACUUUUGGGAAACCAGAUGACAUUUUUUGCCAAGUUCCAUCUACAUCGACCUUUUGGGAAAAGAAAAAAUUUAAUUAACAGAACUUUCAAUUAUGAAACAUUUCAUUCAGGAAAAAAAGCAGGGGCACCUCUUCUAUGACACCACCUCCUCCCAACAAGCCAAAUUAUGCAGACCCCCAUGUAAGUAACACCACCUAUAAGAAGUAUAAGUAGCUUGAAUUUAUACAAAAUGUAGCCAUCCUUUGUACACAAUAAAGAACUAAUGCUUUGGUAGUUGAACAAAAUUCAUCAUCAGCAAUAAAGUUCUGUAGGCUCAAUUUAAUUCAGUGAUAAUUGACUGAAUCAGUGGCGGUUUGGUCAUAAUGAAACCAAGCUGUAAACAAAGUUGGAUAAUUUUAUCAAUUGUUGUUGAAUGUUCUUGUUAUAAUUAAUUAAGCACAGGGAAAUUGUUAGAAGUUGAAAUUUAUUUGUGUUGAUGUCAUGGGUUACCAGAAGGAUGUAGUGUUGAAAGCAGGGAGGUCAACUUUUAUGAUAUGCAGUCAACAAAAACAGUUAACCAUUUGGAUAUUUGUUGAGAAAAAGAUAGAAUAUUUCAGGAAAGAUAUUUUAAGUAGAAAAUAUGCAAUGGUAUAAUUAAAAUCUACAAAGACCCUUACAAUAGCAAAUAUUUGUCAAAAAAUUUAGGAAGCCUGCUACUCACCUCUCCACUAAGUGUGCAAUCUGCGUCACCCAAAUCAAGUGUUUCAACUUUAGAACCUUUUCCUUUAGCUUUGGUUUUCUUUAAUGCUUUGCUGCGACCUUUAAUUUCAAUUCCAAAUUCUAUUUGGUUUCCAACUUCAGAAGAACUGCCUUUUGAGCAAGUGUCACCUCCAGCUCCUCCACAGAAUGUCCAGCUCUCUAUCUUUAUGUUGAACUUGAUUGUUCCUUUCUUUACAUCAAGUGACUCAUCAUUUGAAGUUUUGACAGUGCCGCUGUUUUUGAAAAUGAAGAUAUCAACAGUGAGUUUUGCUCCAGGACCAGAAAUCGUUGCUUCAAAUUGGGUAUGCUUGACAGAGAUGUUUUGGUAUUCUGUUUUCAAACCAGAUGUUUUGAAGGUAAAUGAUUCUCUUGCAAAUGUAUUGAUCGAGUGCUUCUUUUUGCCAGUUGCACCUACUUCAUUUCCACUAUUGUCCAACUCUUUGAUGUAGUCAAAGUUUACAGUGACCGAACUUUUCGCUGCAAUUAAAAAAGAAACAAAAUGCUUGAGUCUUUGCCAAAGAAAACUGUUGCAAUAUUAAAAUGUAAAGUUUAUUUCGAUAAUAUAAAGGCUUUGAAUAGAAGUGCCAUAUCUCCUCCAAUUAGAGAUGCUCUCAUAUAAAUGUCUUUCUAUUGAAUGCUGCACUUUCAGCCAACAAUUUGUAAUAAAUUCUGCCCUCUGAUAAACGCUGUUAAACAUGACAACUUGGAAAAACCAAGCAAGAAGUAACAAAUAGUUUAUACACUUACUUUUCGAAAGCUAUGAAAGUUUUUAUGUCAUUGGGACUAGGACUCUAACAGAAACAGUGACAUUGACAUUCCUUGAACACAUUUUUUUGUAGUCUUUAAAACAUUUUUCACACAAUCUUUAUUAUGUGGUUUGGAAAAAGAAAAUAUUGUUUAAAGUCUGUUUCUAUCUUUAUUAUCACAUUUUUCUUGUAAUUUUUUAUCUGCCCCUCACUUUUCAUUUUGUAUUUAAUGCUGCCCUUUUUUCCCCUCUGUUAAACGCUGCAUCCAAAAGUUGGUUUUUUAAUUAAAGCUGCAGUGUUUUUUAGAGGAAAUACGGUAUGAUGUUCAAAAUACCCUCUUUUGCUCCUCAAUUAUCAGCUUCUCAGAUUCAUUAAACAUCAAUAACUCUGUUUUGGCUUAUUGAUGCAACUAGACUUUUCCUUGUAACAUAUUUGUGCAGCCUUUUCUUUUUCCACUCUUCAAGGUCAAGUCAUUAAUAAUCCAACUUUUGAAAUACAUUAGCCAUAUAUGAAGUCAAAUUGAUUAUAUCAACCCUUAAAUUUCUGCCAUUGGGCUUCCCCUUUCAUUCCAGUGAAUUGAAAUAGCCAUCAAUGUUAAAAAAGUACCAAUGAUAAAUAAUUUAAUUGUAACUUACUUCCUUUAAACUGCAUUUUGCCAGAUUGUCCAAGAAUGUUGACCUUAAUAUCCCCUUCAGUCAUGUUUUUAUCUGUUGUGAAGAUAAUAUAAAGGUUCUGAGCGAGUCUAGGCAAGUUUAUCUAUCAUGACAUGAAUUGUAUAUAUACUUAGCUUUAUUUCUUAAUACAGGUUGCAGAUAUGCCAAAAAUGAUAGAAAAGAUUGAUAUUUGAGAAAACAGUUUUGGACAUUCAUUUUUGUGAAAGCCAAUGACCUGGUCAACCCUAGUUGAGAGGACCCCAUAGUCACUCAACAUACAUUCAAAGUUUUUGCAACAAAGUUUUUGCUCCUUUUUUUGUCAAUAUUUUGACAUGUGAAAAUCACUCCUUAUCAAGAUAGAUCCAUUAGAAAAUGUCGAAGAUAUUCAAGAAAAACCUCCCUCUGCCCCAUUUUGAGAGCCUCUAUCGAGAUAUGUUUCUCUCAACAAUUUUCGAAAGACAUGCGCCAGCAUGUAAAUUAAACAUAAAACCGAAUAUGAUUAUUAUGAUGAUACCUUGAAUGACAACACUUCCAUUGCCUCCAGAAGAAGAGUCUGAUGACAGUGAAACUGUUGGAUCAUAUGUGACAGAUGAGCUGAAUUUUGGGAAUCGGAAUUUGAACAAAGUUUUUGCUCCUUGGGUGUCAACUUUUGGGUACGAGGAAACCAUUUCUUGCCAAGUGCCAUCAACAUUAACCUGGAACAAGAAUCACAUCAUUUAGGCCCAUUUAAUGAAUUCCAGCUAAUGUUUCACACAUUUUGGCACAGAGACUCAUGCUUAAAUAUGCUGCACCCCUGCAUUCAGCUCCCUGUUAUUCAAAGAGAUCAUUGGCUGCACAGUUCUUUCUUUACCCUGAAACAAGGCUGUCUAUUUGUCCUUCCACAUAUGCUAAUUGGCCAAAGUAGCAGCAUGGCCAGGAACUUUUUUAGCAAACUGUAAUUCAAAUAGCUAUUUAGCAAAAAAAAAUUGGAUGGACAAUAAUGGAAAAUUUAUCAAAGAUAAAGUAACUAAUGGAAAUUGCAAAAAAUUAUGAUUUUUCUUAUUUUCAAGCCAUAUCAGACAGUGACACACAAGGGCCUGAAAAGUCCUUAAAAACAGCUAAAAUAGUGUCACUUUUUGGCAGGCUCGAGGCCAGUGACUAUUAUAUGGGAUCCAAUGACAAGAAAGGAUUAUGGUCAAAUAUUUAACUUUUUCAAUCAAAAGUCCAGAUGAAAAUAGAAAACAAUUUACAGGUACUGCAAGGUUUGAGUUAAUGAGUUAAAAAUCCUCUAAAACAAAAACAAGAAAAUGUGAUCAACUAAAAUUUAGUUACAAACAAAUAAAGCCUAGUAUACAAUAUUUUCAUCCCAUUGUCCAUCCCCAAAGUCAACUCUAUUAAAUUUGCGAGGCUUGUAUCAAAUGUACUAUCAAUACCCUUUCAAUAUGCCUAGAAUUGGAAAAAAUGGCUAGAAAACUUUUCUUUAAAUCAGAUAAUUUAAGAGUCUCUCCAGAAAUGGCCCCCUUUUCCUAGAAUCCCUAUCUAGCAUCAGAUAGUAAAUUUUAUGAAGAAAAAACAACAUUCUUGGCAGGUAUUAAAUAUAUAACUGGUUCAAAGCCAAAGAAUCAAUUCUACUCACUGCACCACUAAGAGUACAAUCAGCACCACCCAGAUCUAGGGUUUCAACUUUUCGACCCUUUCCUUUUGCUUUAGAUUUCUUUGUUGGCUUGCUUCGACCCUUGAUUUCAAUACCAAACUCAACUUGGGUACCAGCUUCAGAAGAACCUCCUUUCGAGCAAGAGUCUCCUCCAGAACCACCACAGAAGGUCCAACUUUCUAGCUUUAUGUUAAAUUUAAUGUCGCCUUUCUUCACUUCAAGUGAUUCAUUAUUGGAAGUGGAAAGAUUUCCACUUCCUUUAAAGAUGAAGAUAUCAACAAUGAGUUUUGCUCCAGGACCAGAAAUUGUGGCUUCGAAUUGGGUAUGCUUGACAGAGAUGUUUUGGUAUUCUGUUUUCAUACCAGCUGUUUUAAAAGAAAAUGAUUCUCUUGCAAAAGUAUUGAUUGAAUGCUUCUUUUUGCCACUUGCACCAACUUCAUUCCCAUCCUUAUCAAGUUCUUUGAUGUAGUCAAAGUUUACAGUGACGGAACUUUUCUCUGCAAUUAUAAAAGAAACACAGUGCUUGAGUCCAUACCAACGAAAACUGUUGCAAUAUUAAAAUGAAAAGUUUGUUUUAUAUAUCUGAUACAUAAUUUACUGCUAGAUCCUAAAUUGACUCUCAGGGUGUAUGCCGGUAGGUAGCAGCAGAAAUUUCUAUGACAUAAAAACUCUAUCUUUUUCUUAAAAUAAAUAAUUUAUGUUGCUGCAUGUACCUUGAUUUUUGAUGUAUUCAAAUGUUCAUAAACUCGAAGCAUCAGUACUAAGAUGUAGACUUACUUCCUUUAAAUGUCAUCUUGCCAGAUUGUCCAAGAAUUAUGACUUCAAUGUCCCCCUCAGUCAUGUUUUUGUCUGUAGUGCAGAAGAGAAAAGAGUUUAUGAAAUGGCUUACAUGCAGAAGAUAACCAGUGUUUCAGAACAAAAGACCAAUGAAGGUUUCUUGACAUUUCUUCCCUCUGGUCGAAACAUUAUCAUAAAGCUUCUCAGCCUGUUGUACAUUGCAACCAAGAGGAAUUUAGAUUUCCAUUUGUAAUAGUUCAAAAGUAUUCAAUUUAUUUGUUAAUUGAAGAAAAACAUACCAGGAACAAUAACAGUUCCAUUGUCUCCUGAAGAAGAUCCCUCAGACAAUUCAACAGUUGGAUCAUAUUUGACAGAUGAAUUGAAUUUUGGAAAACGGAAUUGGAACAAGGUUUUUCCUCCUUUGGUUUCAACUUUUGGGUAUGAGGAAACCAUUUCUUCCCAGAAGCCAUCAACAUUAACCUGGAACAAGAAUUUCAUCAGUUAGGCCCUUAGAAUGACCCCCUUUCAACUAAAACCAGUACAUCUUUAUUCAACUGGGGCAUUCAACUCAAACCACUGCAUCUAGAAAAGUUUCAUUCAGUUCCACCGAGUGGGAACGGCAAAAGCGCCUUGAGGUCUACUGGGACUGAUUUAUGAAAGGAAUUUCGUUUUAAUCAUGGAAUUAAUUAAACAUAAAGUAUGGCUAAUUAUAGUUUUCGAUUUGACCUAUUGCAAGAAAAAGACAGCAAGAUAUAAUGUAUAUAUUUAAUGGUUUCAAAACUUUUCAGCACACAAUUCUAUCCUGGGUCUCCAAAACCUCUUGGCAGUCCUGGUUGCCAUGCAUAGUUUCAUGUCUAGAUGCACAAAUAUUUAGGCAUUUUUCCCAGUGACCUAUUAUUCUCAUAUAACAAACGUAACAAACAAUGCUAUGAAAAGGAGUCUAGGUAGGCUAAUAACAUACAAUAAACACUGAGCAUUCUAAAAACUCUUUCCAAAAUAGAAUAAAAAAAUUGACACUAAUAAAGUUAAGAACCAAUGUACCAAACCCUUUUUUGAUUUGAAAUGCUUUGACAGGAUUUCUCCAGGAGGGCUUUCAGGAUCUAUAUUUUAGGCUUAUAAGUCAAGUUUCUAGCAUAAAAUACACAUAAAAAGUAGACCUUGAUUUAUACCAUAUGAUGAUAUGUUUUGAUUGCUUUGUGGCCAUAAGUGUAGCUUAUAGGAAAUUUAUGCAGAAAAAUAUUCCUUUUGAUAGGAGAGUGUGAACUGUGGUUUAGAUGUAAAACCUUUUCUCUCACAAGUGUCGUAAUUUAUUGCCAGUCAGAUCUUGAAAUGAAUAGAUUAAUUUCUUAAUUAGGAUCAGCAAGAGCCUGUAUUAUCAAUAUUUAUUCAAAUUUCUUACCAAAGGGGAAAGAUCAACUAAUAUGCUGGACAGCUUAUCAGUGGCGUACCCUGAGCUGUAGCAGUAGGGGGGUCUGGGGCACAGCCCCCAGAAAAUUUAUUUGGACCGUGCCCUUCAAACACUCACAAAUGCAAGGAAACACCUUUUUUUGCAAAGUUUUCCCCCAUCAUUUGAUUCAUGUUAGCUAUGGUAAAUAGCAAAGCAUUUUACAAUUGUUAUUGACACAAGCAUAAAGUAUACUACCCCCCCCCUCCCCCAAUGAUUUUUACAUCGUUUUGGACAAAUCUCAAGGACCAUAUUUUAGAAAAGUGGGGGUCCGGACCCCCCCCCCAGCUUAAAGACCAAGAAAUAUGGUAAUACAACAGCAAAAUAUUCAACAACACUUCUCACUUACCUCACCACUAAGAGUACAAUCUGCAUCACCCAAAUCUAGUGUUUCAACUUUACGACCCUUUCCUUUUGCUUUAGAUUUCUUUGAUGGUUUGUUUCGACCCUUGAUCUCAAUACCAAACUCAACUUGCGUACCAAUUUCAGAAGAACCCCCUUUCUUGCAGUUAUCACCUUCAGGUCCUCCACAGAAUGACCAAUUUCCCAACAUAAU